UAUUUCAUAAGUUGCAGUCGACAACAUCUAUUACUUUACGAUUAAUAUAAUUGUAUGUAGGACUAUAUAGCACUAGGUGAAAGGUGAAGUGUAAUUACAUUAAAAACUGUCUGUCUUAAAAAUGGUAUUCUGGAAAUUAAGAAGUAGAGUAAGUCGUGAAAUAAUAGCGGAAUUCAUUGGAUCUUUUAUACUAGUGACCUUUGCCAUUGGAGCCGGUGCACAGUUAACACUUAGUAAUGGACAAAUGGGUAAUUUUCUAUCUCUUAACAUUGCUGGAGGACUUGGGCUGACAUUUGGUAUUUACUUUAGCGGAGGAGUGUCUGGUGGUCAUCUUAAUCCCGCAGUUACUCUUGGUUUCUGUAUAAUGGGGAAAUGUGCCUGGUGGAAAUGGCCCCUCUACUGUAUAGCACAGUUAGCAGGAUCAUUUGUGGCAGCAGCUGUUCAGUUUGGAAUAUAUCAUGACGCAAUCAACCAUUUUGAUGGAGGUGUACGGUCCACAUAUGGUAACACGUCUACAGCGGGAAUAUUCUCUACAUUUCCACAGGAGUUCGUAUCUACAACUAAUGCAUUUUUCGAUCAAGUGUUCGGAACAUUUUUGCUACUUGGCUGUAUUCAUGCUGUAGCAGACGAGAAGAACAUGAUGCCACCUAAAGGUGUUAUACCAAUAGCAAUGGGAAUGAUUGUAACGGCGAUCGGGACCUGUUUUGCUUUUAACUGUGGUUAUGCUAUAAACUGUGCAAGAGAUUUCGGACCCCGACUGUUUACAGUAAUAGCUGGCUGGGGAUUGGAACCUAUCAGUUACAGAAAUUACAACUGGUUUUGGGUGCCAAUUGUUGGACCAUUAGUUGGAUCAGUCCUUGGAAGCUAUGUUUACAUUGCGCUCAUACAAUAUCACUGGCCGAGAAAGGAAGACGAAAAACCGGAAGUAGUGACAAUACAUGUCAAUGGGAAAGACAAUGUUGCAUUCGAACCUGAAAAGCUUUUGUCUGAAAAGUUUUAAAUCACAAUACUCAUUAUAUUAGUCCCUAUCAACUAUUCUGAAUACAUAUGUGAUCAUUUUUAAAUCAUGGAUCAUUAUUGUCAAAAAGAGCCUAAGAUAAUCGUCGACAAUUUCAAUGUGCAAAACUCAGUUGACAGUGACAUUUGAGCUUACUAGGAAGAACCAGCGAACAUGAUGAUUCAGUAAUAACAUAUCUUGCUUUCAAGUUUUUAAACUUUAAGAUUUGUUAUUCUUUGUAUAUAAUGCGCCGAUGCACUGUCUGCACAUAUUGGACCACCAAUACUCUUUGAAAAGUUGCAGUGAUAUGGAACUGUUCGGAUGCAUUAUUGUCUAAUUGGCAAUCAUAUAUAGCACAUCUGUACAUUUUGUAUAAAAAGGAUAUGCAGAAUGUGUUACCAAUAAAAUAUGUUGUCCCUUUAAAUAUAUUAAUAUGUAUAACUCGCAUCUCAUACCAUCUAUAUUCAAGAUUUAUAUACUUUUAUGUAUACAUUUAUUUCUUUUAUUUUAUAAAUAUUAAUAUAUACAUGUAGUUGUAUUAUUGACAUAAAUAAUCAAUAGUGUUAUCAUUCAACAUAAAGGGGCUUAAAGGGGGUAUCUGCACGGAAGAAAGCGAAAUGAAAUUGCCAUUUCACGAUGAACGAACAACUAAAAUUUUCUUGCACUUUAAUCUAUUUACCAAUUUCACGACACACGGUGAAUAACGAAUCUUUUUCACGGCUGCACGUUAAAUAAAAAUGGCAAAAUAAGUUGCACGAAAAAAAAACCUUACCACCCUCAACAUAGAGUUUCGUGCAAUUGAUAGAAUCUUUAAAACUACAACUGUAGCCUUUUGUAAAAUAUUGCCUCGUGCAAGAUUGAACAGAUUAACUAUUAACACUGGACACUUUUAAUUUGCAAAACACUCAUUUGCAAAUCCGCCGCCGCCUCAAACAAGAGCUACAAUAUCAUGUAUAUAACCAAAAUGUGCGGAAUUACAUGGGAUUCAAUAAUUUCAUUGGUUUUAUACUGUUACUUUCAUAUUUAUUUUGCAAUUUGAAUUAU